CAGUAGGCCGUUGCCAGUUAUCAUUGAAAGAAAACAAAUUGUCAAGUAAAAGAAAAAAAAAAGGAAAAACAAAAGUUAAUUCAAUCAAAAUUUAACGUUGCGGUUGCCGCUCUGGCUUCGCCGCUGACUUCGCCACUCGCUUCGAGCUGUGUGAUAUAACAGCAGUAACAGCAGCAGCCGUGAAGGAGUCACUGACACUCGCAGCGAAACGGAGUUUGCUACUGUUUCCGCUUUUUAUAUCGUAUUCGUGCUGCAAUCAAAUCGCGCCAAAUGUAAAGCCAUUGACUGUGACAAACAACAAACAGCAGCAGCAGCAGCCGAAGUAGCAGCCGCUGUGAGUGGUCGACAAAUACACAAAAUUCAACCAUUUUUGGUCAAUUCCUCUGACAAUUGCAGGCAGGUGGUGUCCCCAACAUUUAAAUGAAGAAACAUGGGAAAUGGCAUGAACAAGGUCUUGCCGGGACUGUAUGUGGGCAACUACCGCGACUCCAAGGAUCACCAGCAAUUGGACAAGUUCAAAAUCUCGCACAUCAUUGCCAUACAUGACAGUCCAAGGCGUCUGCUGCCGGACAAACACUAUCUCUGCGUGAUGGCCUCGGAUACGCCCGACCAGAAUCUAUCGCAAUACUUCUCCGUUUGCAAUGAUUUCAUACAUGCAGCGCGUCUGCGCGAGGGCAAUGUGCUCAUCCAUUGUCUGGCGGGGAUGUCGCGCUCCGUCACAGUCGCUGUGGCUUAUAUUAUGACGGCUACGCAUCUGAACUGGAAGGAGGCAUUGAAGGUGGUGCGCGCUGGUCGCGCUGUCGCCAAUCCCAAUGCCGGAUUCCAGACCCAGUUGCAGGAGUUCGAGCAAUACAAGCUAUCCGAAGAGCGACGGCGAUUGCGCGAACGUUUUCCCUCGUCGGCUCUUGAGCAGUUGGAUCGCAUCAAAUGUGGCCUGGCGCUGGACAACUAUCAGGAGCUGUUGCAGAAUCGUGAUAUCUGCGAGGGCAACUGUUCUCGCGGCGAAAAGUGUCCAACAGGCGUCUGUAAUAUGGAUCCCAGCAAAGGACUCUUCCGACGUCGACCGUCAAGCGCCUCCACGCACUCCCGACUGCGUGCCCAGUCCUCCAAUGCCAACCCUAGCUCCUCGCCAAGCAUGCUGAGCGUGGCCAGCGCUGCAGCAGGCGGCAUCUCUUGUGGCCCGGGUGGCAUCAGCGGUGCCGCCCAGUCGUGUCCCACAUCGCCCAAGCACUCGCCGGUGCCGCGUCGCUCGAUGGGCAACGAGCGAAGCAUACCCGAAGAUGAGGUUGCCUGUCAACAGCCGACGACGACGACAAGAACGGUGACGAGCAACAAUCCGACUACCUCCAGUGAAGCGGCUGAGUAUGCGGCAGCCAUUGAGGAUGCACGCCGCGAACAACAACAGCGUCAGCUGCAACGCUCUCCAUCGCGCCAAAGUCUCAAGGCAGCCGGCCGAGGCAACUCCAUGGGCAGCAGCAAUGCGGGUCGUGUCAGCAGCGCUGGAACACGCAGCAAGGAGCCGCCAGUUGCGGAAGGAGCACAGCUGCAGCGCAGUGCGAGCACUGUGAGUGGCUUUGGGGUGCGACCUCGCAGCAGUCCAGCGGGGUUGCAUGCCUACACUGGUUCGGUGCCGUCGUCUGCGCAUGGUUCGCGAGUAGACCUGCGGGAUAUUGACAAGGGAUCGGCCAUUUAUUUGGGCUGCUCGGCGCCACGUGCCUCCACAUUAUCAAUUGCCUCGUCGCGUGGCUCGUCCAGCGGUUCGGCACCACCGUCACCUUGCCACACGCCACCGUCGAGUCCACGGCACGGUAUCAAGAGAUCUACCAGCGUAGCCAAAAAGCCCAGAUGAAGUCCACGUAACUGUUAUCGAUUUGCACCCAUUUCAAAAACACGCGCUCGCGACCUGCACUACUUGGAGCACCUUGUCCAGAUCUCACUUACUCUGUGGAUGUCUAUUAAUCCGUUACGGAACUUUGUUUGAUGGUCUUUUCAUUGGUGUUCGUAAUUUGUAUAACACUUUUGCUGAUCAAGUGGCAAUUUGACAAGUGCUGCAGACCUGAUCGAUAGACAAUGGAAACGAUAGCAUUGUUGUGGUCGGAAAGAACCAGCUCGAUGCAUGUUUUGUUCUUUUCAGUUCAUUGGCAAUCAAAUGGAACCAACGUUGAGUUCAUUUUUUCAAACUAAACUAAUUACGCGCCUUUUGUAGUAAUCAAUUGUUAGCUAUUCUCUCUUUAAACUUGUCCAUUCGAAGCAACAACAGCAAGAACGCUGCUUAGUAAAUUGUUG